UCCUUUGAGUUUACAUCAUAAUGACCGCUCGAGAGCCUCGCGACGGUGAGGGGGUCGAAUGGACCAAUAGCAAUGCCGAAUUCGCCGGAGCUUUCGUUCGCGCCAGAUGCUAACGAGCAAGGAAAUGGAAUAGUAAGCACAUAUCAAGAAUGCCUCCUCGGCAAAAUUCCUAAGCACUAUCUACGCAUAGAGUAAAGAUGCAUAAGUUGUUGAGCCUUAGGAAUUACCUAACUAGAGGCAAACUACCCCAUCAUGGCCCCCUUUUUACCAGCGCCGGCCACAGAUGGCUCAUCUAUCGGUCGCAUCUUAGCUCGCGAGCUCGAACACAUCAACCCGACACGGACUCUCCCGGAGGCAAUCUCCAAGGUCCUCACUGCCCGUCAACAGAGCACUACGACAGUCGUCGCACAAACCGACGGCGAAUCAUCGCACACCCUUUCGGGCGGCGCCAUCGCUGGCAUAGUUAUCGGCUCUAUCGCCGGGUUCCUCAUACUACUGUGGAUCAUCCGCUCGUGUAUCAACUACCGCAACCCAGGGGCAUGGGGUACUACGUUCGAGCCAGAUAACGAGAAGCCGCCGUCUUCGCACCAUCACCACAGCUCCACGCGGUAUCCGCGGGAAACACAUGGUCAUAGAUCACGCUCCCGCCAUUCCCAUCACAGUCCGCGCCGCACGUCGAUCGUAAGCGUAACUAGGCCGGUCUAUGUUGAGCAGCACAGGAGCAGGAGUCCGAGAGCCCCGCCCGCGACGUAUUAUUCUGACGGAAGAGAUUAUCGGAGGUCGAGUGAUGUUCGGAGACAUUCAAGGGGGCAUUAUUAAACUACGAAGUAAGAGAAUACUUGUGACGGUAGACGGUGUACCGUAUAGUACUUUAGGGAUAAUUGGUCGAUGAAAGGUGGCCAUGCUAUACAUACGACCUCUUGCUUGACGAAAAGACUAUUGAGGAAGGGCUGGAAUAUCCAUUGACAAUGAGGUUACGGAUAUUAUGUAACUACCAUUUUACGAAU